AUGGCGUUGCGACCAGCGACCAUCCGCCUCUCCCCUGCUGCCGCCGGCGUGAUUUCCCGACCCACCACGCGUAGGAGCGCCGCCAGUGCCCUCCGCUUCGUCCCGGAUGGCUCUUGCCGGCGAGCAAGGAAGCUGCGAUUGUGCUGUGCUCCGGAGGACGACGAGUGGUGGGCGACGCCGGUGCGGCCGGAAGAUCUGGUGGAGCCGACGGGGCAGGGCGCGGAGGAGGUGAUCGCUAUACGGGACGCUCUAGUCAGGGACCCUCUCCGGCCCGUCUGGCUCGCCUUCCAGGAGAUCGCGGCCACCGGCGGAAACAUCUUCCGCUGCCGCUGCUUCCAUGCCGGCGUAAUGUCAGGUACCUUGCUUCUUGUGGCCGGUAUUUGUCAGCUCUACAAAGUGGCUCCAAACCUUUUCAUGGACAUCGUUCUUGCAUAUAUGUUCUACAAAUUGAGCGUUUUAGCAGCAGAGCUGAAAAGAAACGGGAAAGCUAACAACAUAUGUGCUCGGAUUCAGUGUGUUCUCAUGGUUAUUUUGUUCUACAAAUAUAACAAUCCUACCAAGGACUCUUACUACCACUUCACUGAGUUUAUCUGGGGCAUUACUAUCCUUGUGUAUUCAUGCACGGUGUUCUAUGAAUGCAUUGGCCUCAAGCAUCCAAGACAUCAUCUGGAAGCAAUGUUCAAGACAAUUGUAACAACUAAAGGUGGUUUGAUAAAGGUGCUGAAGCGUUUGUACUGGGAGUUGAUAAAUUAG